AUGUCCAUCGCUUGCCCGGGAUAUUAUUUCUUUCCAAUGAUUGCUGGCUAUAAUCUAGGAAUCGAAUUCAUUCGAGCCCAUUAUUGUAUGACUUUUUAUCUUUUCAUGUUCGCAUUUGAACUUCCGUCCGCUCUUUUAUGCUUCAUUUUUCGAAAUAAUGCUGCUGAAGAAAUCAGAAUGAGAAUUCCUGGGAAAAUGUACCUGAAAAAAGUGUCUUUGUUUCUAUGUCACCUGUUCCCUUUUGCUGUUGCUGUGUCUUUUGGGAAAGCAGAUUUGACUUAUCAGCAGAAGUAUUUUAUUUUGAGAACUAAAUGGCCAGAAUGCAUUGAAUGGAUAAAAGCGGGAAAUUUUGAAAUUUAUGAUUACAACCUGAAUCCGUGGUUAGCUGUCGCUGGAAUUGGAGCCGUUUCAAUGGUUCUGGUGGUUUACACAUACUGCUUUUAUUUAAGCAUUUCAACGAUGAGAAUCCUCCAAAACUUCCAAAAAUCCAUGUCUGCUCAAACUUAUCAAAUGCACAAAACUGCUCUAUUGAGCCUUUUAAUGCAAUUGUUGCUUCCUGGAAUUCUAAUUAUCAUUCCAUUAUGCAUUUAUAUGUUUGUAGUCGUCACAGAGGCGAUUCAUUUGCAAGGUACAAACUACAAAGACUACAAACUACGAAAAUAUAUUGUUUUUGAAAAUCAAAAUUCAGAAUUUGCAACCAACACACAAUUCAUGAUCGCCUCACAUUCGAUGUGUUCUUGUUUGGUGAUGAUCUUCAGUAAUCCAAAUUAUCGAAAAUGUUUGAAAACGAAGAUUUUCAGCAGUUUUGGGUAUUUAUUAAAAGAUUGGAGAUUUACAAAAAAAACCAAAAUUUCGUAA